AUGACUAUUCAUAACAUAAUUGAAAACAUCAUCCUUAACGAAGAUACUCCUUCUAAUAUGAUCUCACCAUCUAUAAAUGUCUCCUCUAAUAUUGUUCCAACUACUGAAAUGGAUGUUGAUACAUCUUUAGACAACUUCGUUAACCCUACUCCUAUAUCACCACCGAAACUAACUACCAAUGAUUCUAUGCAC